AUGCUGGAAGAUCCAUCAUCCAUGAUUCUUCCUCCUUCAAAUUCUCUUCCACCUUCCGUGGUUACCGAAGAACCACUUGAAGACCCUAAAGAAAGUAGCAAUAAUAAUGAUCUGGAACAAAAACAUCAUGAGACUAAUGAUAUCCAGGAAAAACCCGAAAACAGCGAGCCUCCUUUCCAUGAAAAAGAGGAAAGUGCUCCAGUAGUAGAACAAUCCGAAGAGGAUGAAGAUUAUGAUCCUGCCCAUGAGGACUUUUUCACAGAAACUCAGAAAGAUGGAAAUAAUACUGAUGAUGAAGAAGAUGAUGACGAGUACAAUCCCGACACUGAAUUUGGUGAUGAUACUGUUGUGGAACAACAACAACAACAACAACAACAACAACAACCAAAGAAUAAGGAAGAAGAAGAAGACCCAUCAUUGGCGGAGUAUGUUAUGUCGAUACCAUUUAUCAAUCAUCCAUUGUUCCUUCAACUUGACGACACUAGUAAGAAAGUAUUGAUUGAAGAAUAUACCAAGAAUCCAAGCGAUCUGAAGUUUGACAUUUUCAAAGACUCUCUGGUGACUGCUGUUAAUUUGAAUACCAGUAAAAAUGAACCAAAUGAUGAUGGAGCUCCGGAACCUUAUGAUGAAAAUGAUAGCAAUGGCUCACAAGAAGCUUACUAUAAAUCCAGGAAUAAAUCUUGUAAACGCCCAAGUCUUAAGGAUCCAAUGAAUUACCAAGAAUUAGAAGAGUAUGGCAAUUUCGUCAGAAAUGAAUUAGAAUAUCUUACUGCUGGCAAUUGGGAUAAAAUGCCUCCUGGGUCACGAAUGUUCAUUGGAAACCUACCAGUUUCUUCUGUAACUAAACAAAUUUUGUGGAGAAUUUUCAAGCAAUAUGGAGAGGUUGUACAAAUUACCAUCAAAUCAAAUUACGGGUUUUGUCAAUUCAAAACCGCUGAAGAAUGUGCUAAUGCCAUUAAAGGGGAAAGCAGUGUCCCAUUACAUGGUAAAAUGAUGUUGUUGGAAGUUUCAAAACCUCAAAAAUCCAAGCUGUCAACGACAGAAGACCGCCACCACAUUUCUAACCCUCAUCUGCAUCCAGCAAGUAGGAUCAAUACCAGAACCAAAAAUGGAGGUUCCGAAUAUAUCCCACUCUCCUCCAAACGAGCUAAUUCCCAUCACAGUACUUAUGAUCAGAGAGCAGGCAAUUCCAAAAGAUCAAAAUAUGAUGGAAGCUCAAGUAAUAUUAGCGUUACUAAAGGGGGUUAUUAUAAUUCGAAAAACAAUUUCAGACCUGGCACGGAGUGUCAAGUUUAUGUCAAGCAUGCUGCCGACCCUAAAUUGGUAUCAUUUUUAUUAUCUAGAUUAUCAUCAGCCGGUCUCUCCGUCAAUAAAACUGAUAUCAGUCCGCAAAUGUCAUUAAAAUCUUUGAUUAAUGAUGCUGCGUAUUCUGGGGUCUACGGAAUAAUUGUUGUCCACAGGGAUGGGAACUUGGAUGUGCAAACAUUUGAAAAAACCGAUGAUGGUGGAGUUAAGUUUGAUGAAUAUCAAGCAGUAUCCGUUGAUGUUGCCGUGGAAUUGUUUAUGAGAUCAAGAGGGUCUAACAGUAGGAACGGUGGUGAUCAUGGCCAAAAUAAUUACCGUCAUCCUAAUAAUAAUCGUAGAGGGCAAACCCGCUCAUAUGAGAACUAUGACCAAAAUCGACAUAAUAACAGUUUCAACGGCUCUCAAAAUUCGUAUGGAGGUAAUCCAAAUAUGAUGCCGGUUGGCCAACCAUCGUAUCAUCAAACCCAAAGAGAUUCUCCUCAACAGUCACAUGUGAAUCCUGAUUUGAUUCAAACCUUAAGUAGUUUUGAUCAAGGAUCGUUGCAGAAUUUGUUGAGUUUAGUUAAGAAGCUUCCUGCGGGUAGUAAUGCGUCUAGUUUCAAUGGAUUUUCACAACCACAACAACCACAACAAUCAUACCAACAGCCACCACCCCCACCAGUACAAAAUCAAUAUCAAAGUCCGCCUCAACAGUUUCAACAGCAAUACCAAUCUGGGCUAUCACCAUAUCAGCAACAACAGCAGAUGUCUCCUUCUUAUCCUCCUCACCCUCCUCCUGCUCCACCUAACCAAUUCGAUAACAGUAACACCACCAGUAGAACCGAUCCAAAUAAUAUUCAAAGCUUGAUGCAAACUUUAAAAAGACUUCAAGGGAAUUAA